AUGUCUGGAGAUGCAUCUUUGAAUGCUAAGGACAUUAUUGGUCAGGAUUUUAUUGACCCAAUUGAGGUAGUCGUGAUAAAUGUGGUACAUGUUGCUUAUGAGGUGGUCGAGACAAAUGCGAUCCUUAUUUCUGAUCAUGUGGCUGAUGAGGUGGUCGAGAUAAAUGUUGUUAUUACUGAUGAGGUGGCUGCCACAUAUCUGGUUCCUAUUACUGAUAAGGCUACUCCUACUAGUGAUACAGAGGUUACGGCUCCUGCUUAG